UAUUUGAUAUCUAAUUUUGUUUUCAAAUAUUGAUGAUUUUAUAAUGGUAUGGAUAUUUGUCAUGUUGUUUCUCGUGCCACAAAUGCUCCCGACACAUGUCAAUAUGUAAGAAAAUAGAGAAAAAAGAUCUUAUACACUUUUCCAUUUCAGUUUUCACACUUCAAGCUAGUGCUACCUUCACUCGUUCUUGAACUCCCUCUCUCCACUUCAUCACCAUGGCGAUGCUAUUGAGAAAACUCUUCGAUUCAGCCUCGUUGAAGCAGCGAACCACCUCCACCUCCCACCGCCACGCGCCGUCGCCGCUCGGUCUAUUCGACGCGCUCCCUCACGACAUACUGGUACAAAUCCUGCGACUCUUGGCCCCCAACGACGCCGCCAAGCUCAGCCUCGCUUCCAAGGCGUGGCGCUCCGUCGUCGUCUCCGAUCAAGCCCUCUGGGCCCGCUUCCUUCAGACCCACCAACAUCAACCCUUCGACUCCAUCGUGUUUGCAGAGACCAUUCUGGCUUCUGGUUACCCCCUUCCGAGCUUGGUUAAUCAAGUGCCGCCACUCGAGCGGGUGUUUUCACAACGCGCGCAGUUUCCUGGUGUUGUUAUCAUCGAUGGUGGUUCUGGCUAUUGCAAAUUUGGUUGGAGCAAAGAUGCAAGACCAUCAGGACGAGCUGCAACCUUUUUGGAGUUUGGUAAUGUGGAAAUGCCUUUAUACUCCAGACUUCGGCAUUUUUUUGCAACUAUUUAUAGCAGGAUGGAGGUGAAACCAAGUUCCCAGCCAGUUGUUGUUUCUCUACCAAUAUGCCACUAUGAUGAUACCGCGUCUGCCAAAGCAUCACGACAGCAGCUUAAAGAAGCAAUCUAUUCUGCCCUGUUUGACAUGAAUGUUCCUGCUGUUUGUGCUCUCAACCAAGCGACAUUAGCUCUGUAUGCUGCAAACCAAACAUCUGGAAUAGCUGUUAAUAUAGGUUUUCAAGUCACAUCAGUAGUUCCAAUUUUAAAUGGUAUGGUGAGGCGAGAGGUGGGUGUGGAGGUUGUGGGCUUGGGAGCACUAAACCUUACAGGAUAUCUUAGAGAGAAAAUGCAACAAAGCAACAUGCAUUUUGAAUCUUUGUACACUGUUCGCUUGCUGAAAGAGAAGCUCUGCUAUGUUUCUUUGGACUAUGAAGCUGAGCUAUUGAAAGAUACACAAGCAUCAUUUGAAGGUGUAGAAGGGUUGUUUACGCUCUCAAAAGAGCGGUUUCAAACAGCAGAGAUCUUAUUCCAGCCACGUCUUGCUGGGUUGCGAGGAAUGAGUUUGCACCAGGCUAUAGCUCUCUGCAUGGACCAUUGCUAUUCUGCAGAAUUAGCAGGCAACAAUGAUUGGUUUAAGACCAUAGUCUUAUCGGGAGGGACUGCAUGUUUACCAGGCUUAGCAGAACGGCUAGAGAAGGAACUUCAUUCGUUCCUUUCUCCACAUAUGUCCAACGGGAUCAGAGUAAUACCUCCUCCAUAUGGUGCAGAUACAGCAUGGUUUGGUGCAAAGAUUAUUGGCAGCUUGAGCACUUUUCCGGGGCCCUGGUGUACCACAAAGAAGCAGUUUCGUCGGAAGUCUAAAAUCAACCGAGUAUGAGUGGGGGCAGCAUCACCAAAGAAGUGAAUUUAACUUGACUAGUAUUUUAGUAACAAUACUUGCACGCAGAGUUUUGGUGGUAAGACGCCUUUACAGGCAUCAUGUUUGAUUAUAAUAAAAUUGGAACACUUCUUUCAGGAUGUCUUGUAAUGUACCAUGUGAAGAAAUUGUAAAUACAAUUCAAGAUCAAAUGGAUUUUAUGUAUCAGAAAUAAUACUGACCUUAGAAUACAUAUUUUCACUCUUUUUAUUCA